GGAUAAUUACUCGAAAUGGAAGGCAGUCCAUUCCAAAAGGUUUUUGGCGCGUCAAGAGUUGAUGCAAAACUGCAGACUGUGAUGCUAGACGUUCCAAAAUCCACGCGUUGCUCAGAGACCGCUGACGCGCCUAGUGCUGCCAUCACACUCGGCGUCCAUCUUUCCCCCCGUUGUCUUGUUACCGCUCACCGAACUCGCGACUCGGGUGCUUGUCAGUCAAGAGAAUGUGAUCCGAUGGAAGAUAUAACCUCUUAUUCGCGCAUCUUCUCACAUACCAAAAUUUAUUCCGGCGCCUCCGAGUUUCACUGCAAUUCUUUGAUCAACGCAAAAGUCGGCUCUCAAAGCGACGCGCGUGUUGCGCUUGAGGGGCAUCGUUUUACGAUUUCAAAAGCACUCAGAGCAGUAAUAGCGGACCGCCUUGCGACAUCGACUGGCACGAGUAUAGGAAAAGAAACCGAGAAAACCCUGAGGGAGGCAAUGUAUAACAAAGUCAAGACAUUAGCGAGCCGCAGUGAUUUGAAUGCAUUAAACGUUCACACAAAUCUGGGCUGA